CAGCCGCAGUGGGCGAAGCGCUUGCUCGAGAAGGGGCUUGGGAUAAACUUUUUUUAUUUUCAUUUUGGUUUGUUUUGUAUUUCAACAAACUAAGACAGCGUUUCAUUUCCAACAUUUUAUGGCUUUUAUGGGGUAAAGGACAGCCGUAAAGAAUGAGUGGACCGACUUCUGACAAAAAGGUGGCAUCGAGCGCGUCAUCUGCUUUCCACCGAACAAUGAGCUGUCACCCUGCAGCGAUUGACUCGCCAACGUUGCCGGAGUCUUCCGCCACUGACAUGGGGUUCUACAACGGCCAGACUGGGAAUAGCCACCACGACUACUACCUCGGCCACGGCCAGUCCUACUCGCAACCAGUGAACCCAAACUCGUAUUAUCAACAUUACAAUCUCCAUGGGGUGGGUGUAUCGGAGGCCUACACGGCCAAGACGGAGUACACUUAUCCCCUCACGCAAUAUACUCAUUAUACUUGGGACAUGCAGUCACCAAUUCAAUAUAUCGAGAAGGAAGAACCGGAUCCUGAAUCAAGACUGGUCAAUGGAAAGCCCCCAAAAAUCAGAAAACCACGGACCAUAUACUCCAGUUACCAGCUUGCUGCCCUGCAACAUCGUUUCCAGGGUGCUCAGUAUUUGGCCCUUCCAGAAAGAGCUGAACUAGCAGCUCAACUUGGCCUGACACAAACACAGGUCAAGAUCUGGUUCCAGAAUCGGCGGUCGAAAUUCAAGAAGCUGUAUAAGAACGGGGAAGCUCCACUGGACCACAGCCCAGAUGCCAGUGACUCUAUGGCCUGCAGUUCGCCCCCAUCUCCAGUGUUUUGGGACAGCAGCACACCUACAGAAACCACCACCAGAGGGCAGUGUCAACAGCCCUCCCAAAGCUUGUCUCCCUGUUACUCUGAAGACCACACUCAUUCGUGGUCUCAACAGAUGUCACACUCACAGCACUCUGGAUUAGUUCUUCAGCAUACAUCAGCUCCGCAGAAUAUUGGGGCGGUGUAUUAACACAAAAUGUAUCGGUACCAACUGUGGUCGAACGACAUGGCCGCUCAAUUGGAAAUUUGUGCGACAACACUGAGAAUUAAUGUACACAAACAAGUGGGGGAAACAUAAAAAGGAAUUGUCUCUGUUGUUCCAACUCUCCUGAGAUGGAUUCAAAAACAAAUGUACUUUAUAUAAAAAGAAGAGACAAAUCCAGGACACGGUCUGAUGUGAUAUGCUAAUGAUAUCUGCAAUGUGAUCACUUCUCACUGAUAAGGAGAUUUGAUAUGAGGGUGGUUCAAUAUUGGACAGUUAACAAACUGGCCAACCAUUGGCUAGGUCCAUUCAGAAUCUUUGAUUUACAGUUACUCAAAUACUUCCUGCCAGUGUGUUGAACGCCCUUAGUGCUUUCUAGAAACCAAAGAGAUACAUUGAAGUUCCAUGUACCAUUUUUAAACGUUUUCAAUAUUCAUCAUACAUGUUAUGUUUAUAAAGAUAUAAUUAAGGCUCAGUUAAUUGCUCUUUAAAAUUGCACAAAGCUAGAAGAAAUUAAAGCUGUAUUUGGUA